AUGAACAUGUCGUCCUACUACGAAGGAGUCUACAAGGCCAGGGGAAGCAGAAUCAGACUCUGUCUUGGCGGGAACAAUUACACUGAUUCAGACCCUUUCAUCUCGGCUCUCGAGAUGAUCAUCCUCGAGGGCUCCGUCUACAACUCCACUGACUUCGACAAGUACGCCUUGGGCCUCGUCGCGAGGAGCAGCUUCGGCCACAGCGGUCCCCUCUUCAGGUAAACCAUGGACAUGCACUUCAUGCUGUUCCCAGUAUCUUCUCAUCGUCCUUCGUCUUCUGGAUAUGUGACAAAGGAGAAGCAUUGAUCCAGGAUGAUCCUCUUUUCUGUAGUUUCAUCUUUCCAUGUUCUUUAUUAUUGUUAUUGUUAUUAUUAUUAUUAUUUUAUCUUCAUCGUAUAGCCUGUGGAUGAAAAACCAAUACUAUCUCUGAGACACAAAAGUCGACAGAUUUGCUUAUUUCGUUUUUUUAUCAUAGGAAAGGAAGCUUUUCUUCAAUAAAAAAUGAAGGAUUUAUGAGGUUUUUGAAUGACCUGUGGAAAAAUGUGGGAGGAAUGAGAAGAAGUUGCAAGAGCAGGCAUCAAGAACUGAUUCAAAUUAGGAAAUUCAUAGCCUACCUAAGAGGUUACAGUGGAGUAAUGAUGAACAUGGAGGUAUUUAUUUGUGCAUUGAAAAUGAGUAUCAACUAAAAUUGAUGAAUAUGAUGGACGCAUUCCAAAUUACUAAACUAUCUGCUUUUAGAUCAGCGACAGAAAAAAUGGUGAGACUUGUCUUUAGAGAGAGAGAGAGAAGGGAUCUAAUGGGUAUCAGAGAACUGAAAUCUAAACUGGUGAGAGACUGCAUGGUCAGGAACUUCUUCCUGCCCACCCACCAAAAUCUAUCCUUUGGAAAUCAUGAAAUCUUGAACUAUCCGUGCACCCUUGACCUCUGCAAGGUUUUUACACUGUUUCUGAAAUCUGGAUCCAGUUAUUCUUGGCUGUGAUAAUGUCAAUGCAGGGAAGGGAGGAUCUUCCAUGGGUCAAUCUGGAUGUUAAGAGGUUGGGUAUUAAUUGGGUCCAGUGCUCAUAUACAAUGACCCAUGAUUUAAAUUUUUAUUUGGACGGCCCUUUGAAGAUCGAUGAAUCCAAUGCUUAGUAGAUAUAGAUGAUAGUGAUCACCAUGUAAUCAUCUGCUUACUAACGAUCUAUCAGCUCCAUCUGGUCAUCAUUCAGCACCGCUUUGUGAAAACAUUUAUGACGAUUUAUCUGAUAACUCCCAAAAUCUCCAGGGAUCAUCUGUUUUUUAGAUGCCUUAUCUAUGAAAAUCUUUAAUCUAUCCAAAUAUUUUCAGGUACCCAAACGACACAUUUAACAGGUACUGGCAGCCAUUCGUUGAUCGCACAGAGACCAUAAGAGGCUCCUCGAAUGUUUCGAAUUCUGAGCUAUGGAAUCGCCCUCCUAGGAGUAUAUUUGAAACCGCUCUCGUGGUUAACCGCGCCGAAUCCAUGCAGUUGCAAUGGCCCCACUUUUCGCUUCCAAAUGCCUCCUACUACAUUGCUCUAUACUUUGCUGAUCCUUCAUCUGAGAGCUCUAGGGCUCUUGAUGUUUCCAUAAAUGGUAUUAAUUUCUACAACAACCUCCGUGUGACAUCAUCCGGAAUAUGCAUCUUUGCAUCCAAGUGGGUUCUCUCCGGGGCGACCAGGAUCACCCUGGCUCCCUCUGCUGGAUCAAAUCUCCCUCCACUGAUCAAUGGCGGUGAGGUCUUCAGCCUUGUGAAGCUUGGAGGGUUGACUGAAUCUAGAGAUGGUCUGGUUCUUGCCUAAUCACAUUUCAUCAGACUACUUUUUUUUCUUUUGGGAAAGAAUUCUCAUCUAAUUAUGAUUCUUUUGUAUCGUCCCUCGGUGCAGUGCUCGCUCUGGAGGCUCUCAAGAAAAGUUUUGUCAACCCCCCUCCUAAUUGGUCUGGGGACCCCUGCCUGCCCCAUGAGUACUCAUGGACUGGCAUCAAGUGCUCAGGAAACUCAAGAAUUCGUGUUGUGAAACUGUGAGUUCGAAAUAAACCUAGAUUAUCAGAAUAAAAAAUUAAUUCUGAUUUUUAUUUGAUUUUAACUCAAUUGAUGUGGUCAUCUCCACGCUUCUGUUUUGGCAGGAACCUGUCAACUAUGAAUCUUUCUGGGACUCUGUCUCCUGAAAUCUCCAAGCUGACUGGAUUAAAUGAAAUGUGAGUUAUCUUUUAUUAAUAAUUUUGAGUUAUUUUUCUAUGGAAUGUUUAUUCGCCAAUUUUGACAUGAUUUUAUUAAUCACACAGCAAGCUGGGGAAUAAUAAUAUCUCUGGACAAAUUCCCAAUUUUAGCAGGCUGAGGAAUCUUGCGAAGCUGUAAGGCCAUGGGAUGAUGCUAUGUUGAUAUCAAUUUUCUUUUUUUGAAUUUUUCUCAUAAAAAUGAUUUUAGGCAUUUGCAAGGCAAUAAUUUCAGUGGGGUUCUUCCUCCAUCGCUUGGACGCCUCAGCAACCUGCGUGAGCUGUGAGUCCCUAAAUACAUAAACAUUCAGUUUAUAUAUAUUUCUAUCAAUAAUUCAUGCUUGUAUUAUGUCCGAUCAAAUAUAUCCAGUUCAAAUUAUGUUAAUUGAGAUGUGUAAGCCAAAGAAAUUACCCUUUUAGCUGAAGUGGUAGUCAAACCAACAGAAAAAGUAUACAAGCUUCAGUUCAAAAAUUAUUCUUUUCUCGAGCACAUCUAGGAAAAGGGAUCUUUUUUUCUUUCCCAGAGUUUUUAUUCGAUUUAUUAAUUCAUUGCUCAAGGUGUGCUUUUUUUGUUCAUUAGCAUAAACCCAAUAAUUAUCCUCGAUGAUCAAAUGAAUGUAAUUUGAUAGGAUUUCUUGAAUCUACAUUGGUGUUAAGCAACAGUUUCGUUAACCCUAAAUCACCUUAUUUCUUGUUCCGAUUCUUUUCUUAAAAAGUUAAUUGAGCUUUGUCUGCUGUAGUUGUUAUACCUGGGAAGAAUUGAAGCUUUUUCUUUCUUAACGUUUAUUGCCCCAUAGUUAUUUUACCAAUCCCAGAAAAUUACUUUGUACGGAUAGAAAACUGAAGAGAUCACUCAUGUUGCUCAUUUUUUAAGAUUUUUUAAAAAUUCUGCCUCAUAAAUUUGAUAAAAAGUACAGCAAAGUUUGCUAAGAGAUUUUCUGCUUGUUCCAUUUUGUUAUUUUCUGUGUUGUCACUGUUGUUUUAUUAUUCCAUUUAUAAUUUAUUUUCCAUGAACUGGUGUGCUUAUUCUCUCUCUCUCUCUCUCUCUACAGUUUUGUGGAGAAGAACAGACUUCGUGGUAAAAUUCCAGCAAGCCUGCUAGGAGAUGACUUGACCUUUCGGUAAGUGGAGAGUUGAUAUAUCAUGAAUAUCUGCAUCUGGCCCAAUAAAAAAAAAAACUAAAAGAUUUCUUGUUUCAGGUAUUUACCUGGGAAUAACUUGUCUCCAUGA